GCCCAAGUUUAUGUGUCAUGUAUUCUCAUGGAUGAAAAAACCGAACGGAAGCCAAAAUUCAUCGAUUUCAACUUUGAAGGACAAUAAGUACCCGGAUAAUGUUCCCUACCUCCUUGAAAUAAUUAUAAAAAGAGCUGUUGUAUAACUUCAAACCUCAAAACAAUCAUAGCAAAAUUCAUAUUCUUAACGCCACAGAUGUUUUGACCGCGACCUUGCAUGUGGUGUUGGGCAAAAAUCGUGAACACCCGAUUGGAAAACGAUGAGACUAUCAGCUGCAUGGUCAUUAUUGAUACACAGGUAUAAAUAUCAGAAGAAAAAUCCGGUUUCAAACAAGAGACACGGUGGAUCUCAAUCGACCAAGAGUGAAGCUCCAGAGCUUGCAUAAAACUCCAUCAUCAGCGAUCGGAGAACAACAUUGCCGGAGAAGAAAGUAAUUUCACAGUCGAGGUAUUUCGCUGGGUGUCCAGAAUGAUUGGAAAAAUACCCUUUUCUGUAGUGUUCAUUUCGACGCUGGUAGAAAUCCAAGUUGUUUGGGUUAUGUCACAAGAACUUCCAGUCCAGCACGGCGUCCAGUUUGUGGGAAUUGGCUACAACAUUUUAGAAGGGAAUCCUGAAGGGGGCGACUUGACCACUGGAGGGGUCGACCCCGGUCUUUUAGUCAGUCGGCGGAUCUUUCAGUUUACUUUUGACCAGGGGCACAAAACCGCCGACCAACUGAAUCGAAUUCCUGACGAAGUUGCGUUUGUCAGGCGAAGUAGCGCCUUCCAAAAAUCAUCCCUUACAACGUUCUAUGGUACGGAAAGCUACGCUUCAAAACUGGCUGCACAGGUUGAAGUAGGGGGUGGAUAUAAAGGCGCCACAGCUAGUGUUCAAUUUGCUGCAAGUGCUCGUUACCAAGAUGUGAAAAAGAAAACUUCUGGUAAGGGAUCAGUGUUCUUAAGCAAAGAGUCCAUAUCAAACUUUGGGGAAGCACGCUACAGGACAGAACUAUUGAGAACAGGGAAUCAUUUACUCACUACGGGCUUUGUGGCUGACGCGUGUCUGCUACCAGAAACCUAUACCGAAGAAACACAGCAGCAAUACAUGGAAUUUAUGGACGACUGGGGAACGCACGUUGUAAUUCGAGUCUCUCUGGGAAUGAAAGAAGGCGAACACUAUGAAGAAAAUCGAUCAUCCUUCGUCAACUUUGCAGCUACAAAUGUAGGAGGCAGCAUCUCUGCUUCUGGUGCCUAUAUGGGAUUCAGUGCGUCCUUAUCGGUAGAUAUGGAAUCUUUCAACAGUGAUAUGAAUAGUGACACUCAGUUCGGCAAGACGGGAUCAAGCUACAGGAUAGGAAGUGAGACAUUGAAUGAACCUAUAAGUAUCGAGCUGAUAGCCAUGCCGGAGAUCUUUGAGUCAGAAUACUGGACUGGAUUGGAUAACUAUAUAUCUAAAGAGCACUGUACUUCUUCUUUUAAUCCCGCUAAAGUGAAGGAAAACAUGGACAAGGCUUUGCUGGGGUUCGCCAAAUGGCGCGAAAUUGACAAUAGCACAAAUCCAUCCAUUAGAAUUCCUCUGACGUGGCCGGAUGGGAAGUAUGGCCUUCCUAGACCUUACAAUGGAUGCCCUUCAAGAGACUGGGAAAAGGGAUCUCGCUUGCAAGUAGGACUACCUAACAAUGAGAACAUCUUUAACAUUAUUGACACAAAUAUGUACUUUGCUGGUUGGGUUUGGACGGACACAUCGAGACAAGAAUUCUGCAUAAAAACCGUUCCAGAAAUCCAAGGUUCGAGAUGGCAGUGGCAGCCUGGUUCAUACUGCAUUUACCGAUACGGUUCAGGAUGCCCACAGGGCUUCACUUCUAGUUACAUAGACUGGAAUUAUGGGGAUGGCGUACAUUUGGUCGAUGAGGGCGUGGUUCCUGCUGGAACACAGACUAAACAAGAGUUCUGCUGCCGAGCAGAUAACGCCGCGUCACAGGCAAUAUACUUACCCACCGAUUCCAACUUUAUGCUAUUGACAGUAUAUGAUACCUGUCAACAAGUCAACGGUAUGAGUGUGAAAAAAGUGUGGCUUUACCUUGCGACUGACCAGACGACCGAACACGAGCCUCAGGACGGGGGUCCUGGGCCUAUGGUGGAUACAGAUAUAGUGACAUUAAACUUCUGCUACUACUACACUGAUUCUGAUGACAUUGUGUUCUCUAAUGAGAAAAAGGAUACACGGAUUAAAGUGGAGGCACAAAAAUUACUAAAUGCCAACGUAAACGCAGCAAUGGGAUGAUGGGGAUACAUGGGUAAUGGAUCACUACUAGAGCCUGUGAUAGUGGUGUGGACAGGCAGGGGGGGGGGGUGACCUUGUUGUAUCUGCCGACAAACUUCUCGAUGUUAUAGAAUUAUCAACACAUUGUUUAGUCCGACCGAGCCAAGCGAGCAAAGAAAAAACGUCUCCAUUUUCGUUGAGUGCCACAUUAUGGUACAUUAACAUCAAGAAUUGAAAACAAAAAACAUACAUAUAUAAAAAAAUGAAGAGAAAGAAAAAAGAUAAUUGAAACAAAAACUCAAAUCGGACACGGUAAUUCCAGGAGAGCGUAUUUUACAACGAUAAAUGUUAUCAAUCAUCAUGAUGAGAAUCACUGGAAGACAAAUUAUAUAUAUAAUCAAGGCAUUUAUUCAGGCAACAAAAGUCCUGUGUUGUAAUGAUGAUAAUAGUAGGGCCUAGAAAACGCCUUUCAUUAUCUGUACCAUAGCACUUUAGAGUUUACAUUGAAAAGGUUACAUUGAACACAAUAAAAUAUAUUAGAAAAAAUACUGUAGACCCAUGUUUUGUUGCCAUGCAGUAUUAUGAAUGUUUGCUUUCAAAGUAUUACACAGGUCCUCUAUAACUGGAAGGGAGAACUCACAUCCGUUUGUCGGAAAAUAUGAAUUAUCAGAAUAUCUUGAUUAACUUUUUGCAUGUCUAUUUAUAUCCUUUUGGUGAAUAAAUGGAUUGCUGGAGCGUCGCGCCAAAACGUAAAAAAAACCCUUUUUUUUUCUUCACAUUAUUUUGUCAUUUUUAUUUGGUUUUUAUCAGGUUAUUUCGUUAUUUUGGUGUUAUUAUAUGGUGAAUGUGUUUAUUCUAUGUUUUGUUAAUAACAAUUUUCUAAAUUGUUAAAUUAAGAUUGCUAGAGACAUGAAUUCAUGCAUGCAAUUCUGUGCUCACUUUAGACCAUAAUUAUUAUGGCACGAUAAACUUGUUGAUCUCCACACAACUUAGAAUAUAGGGUAUCCCUAGAAUUGUAGGUUAAUCACUCACAUAAUGAUAAAAGAAGAGGCUAAGAUUGAGUAUUGUUCCAUUUACACGCCACAGCAUACCUACUACCCUUUUUAAAUAUUUUUUCCUUUGAUUACUAGCUUCCAAUUAAUUCACUUUUGAUCAUAUUUUAUUGGGCAUGUUUGGUAUGAUUUCAUAGUGUAUUACAAUUUAAUCAAUGAAUAUUGUGAUUUUAAUGUAACUUUAUCUUUUAAGAUGAAAAUUUGCAAAUUUCUUGUGAAUUAUAGCACGAACAUAAUUAUUUGGCAGAAAUUUUAUACCCCAAGAUUUAUUUUAUUUCAUAUAAAAAUAAUUGUUUAGCUUUUAUCAUUAAUUUCAGGGGCGGAUCAAGAAAAUCUGUAAUGGGAGUGUGGCAUAGAAAGUUGAUCUAUUUUGCUUGGCAACGUAUUUUUUACAAAUAAAUACUGAAUGGAUUUCUAGAUGACAAAAAGGGGAGCACUUACCUAAUGUUUCCCAGGAUCCAUGCCUAAAUUAUUUCACUCUCUUUGUCUUAAUGAUUUUUAUUAAUUUCGAUCCAAUUAUUCUGUUUGAGAUGUUCCAUGGUUAUUUGUUAAAGUUUGAUCGUUAAGUUUAAGUUUCGGUUGAUCCACCUAAAUAGUUUUAUUAGACCACUUUUCAGUAGUGAGCUUAUUUUAAAGAAAUAAAUAAUAAAACAAACCCAGAGAAGAUGCUACAUAAUCAUCAAAGAACAAAAGUAAUAUUUACAAUGAUUGAACGAAACAAAAUGAUUUAACUGCCACUACACUAUUGUCACGUUUGUUAGGUUGGAAUGUUAGUUGUAAGUUAUUCAUGUCAUGGGACCUCUACAUAUCCAUUAUACUGUAUAUAUAUAUAUAUAUAUAAAUAUAUAUAUAUAUACAAAGUGUACUAUCUUGUUUUUCAUUAUACAAUUGCCAUGGCAACGCAAUAUACUUUAGAGGUUGAUCACACUCAAUAAUGUAUUUUAUAGACUAUACCCUCCACAUUGUAAGAAGAUGUUAAUCAUUUUAUUUUUAUGUUUUCGAUGACUGUUAUAUUCGGUCAUUUGACUUCCACUUUUAUAUUCCUCUUGUUUUUUUUUCCAAUCAAAGUUGGUGUUCGGUGAUAAUGUUCAUGUAGUAUUUCUGCAUUAAACAUGGU